CAAUAUUUCUCGAAAAACUCAGUUUUAUGGCAAUUAAAUUGAAUUUUAAAGUUAGAUGUGAAACUACUCUAUGUGAGUCUGUUUGCAUUGUGGGAAGUGUCAAGGAGUUAGGGUUAUGGAACCCUUCAAAUAGCCUUCAAUUAUCUACAAACCCAGAUAUUUAUCCAUUUUGGGUUGGUAGCAUAUCUGUUGAUGUGAAUGAAAACUAACUUAUCGAGUUCAAAGCAAUAAUCAGAAAUGGCAAUUAAGUGAGUUGGGAGGACAGUGACAAUAGAGUAAUAUAAAUUCGGUACCAAUCCCAGAGUAUUAUAUUUUCUUACAACUCCCAAUUAUUGUAAGUUAUUCGAAUAUAAUCAUUAUAUGACCUUUCUGAUGAUGAAUCAAUCAAUUUAGAUAAGAUAAAAAAGAUAAAACUUCAAAAUGUUCUGAAUCCAUUCGAUUAAGAGGGAUUUACAUCUGAAUCUGAUUUAGAGAGUGACAAUCUUUCAAACUUGGAUUCAGUUGGAUUUUCACCAAUUGUGAAAUCUCUUUCUAUUUAAUUCCAGGAAGAAUCAUUUGAGCUUCUUGUCCAAUAAUGAAUACAUAAUUAAACAGACUUGUUAAUUAUUGAAUCUUAUUUAUUUAAUAUUCAUUUGAGAAACUAGACUGUUCUCUUCCAUUCAAUUAAACAUAUAAAAA